CAGUUACUUCAACAAUGGGAAACUGCCUGGUGAACGAAGGAGUUUCAAUCUUUGUGAUUCUGGCCUGGCUUGGAAUCAACGCAUUUCUCUUCGUCCAUUUCUAUUUUGUCUAUGAUGAUGGUCUCAAGUUUUAUUACACACGAGAGCUGGUUGGGCCUGCUCUAGCCUGGGCUCGGGCACCAGCCGCCUGUUUAAACUUUAACUGCAUGCUGAUCCUGCUACCCGUCUGUCGAAACCUACUGUCGUUCGUGCGAGGAACCUGCGGGUGUUGCAGACGCACUCUCAGAAGACAACUGGACAAAAACAUCACCUUUCACAAACUGGUAGCUUACAUGAUCGUUCUGCAUACAGCCAUUCACAUCAUUGCACAUCUGUUCAACGUCGAGCGGUUCAUGGAUUGCCAGCUGGGUGAAAAGGGAGAACUCAAUGCUGUCUUGUCUGAACUGGGAGUCGGGGGAGGUUACCUGAAUCCAGUUAGAAACAAAGACAUGAAUCCUACUAAGGUGGUGUUUGUAACUGUGGCAGGGCUGAGUGGGGUGGCCAUUACGCUGGCUCUGAUACUCAUGAUAACAUCAUCAACUGAAACUGUAAGGCGACAGUAUUUUGAGGUCUUCUGGUACACCCACCACCUGUUUGUGGUCUUUUUUGCCGGACUGGUCAUCCACGGAAUAGGACAAAUCGUUCGAGGUCAGACAGAGGCAAGUCUGAAGGAGCAUAACAUCACCUACUGCAAGGACAAAUAUUCUCAAUGGGGGAUUGAUCCCCAAUGUCCCAAGCCUAUAUUUUCCGGGAAUCCACCAAUGACAUGGAAAUGGGUAGUUGGUCCAAUGGCUCUGUACGUCUGUGAGAUAUUUGUGCGGUUCUGGAGAUCCCAGCAGAAGAUUGUCAUCACUAAGGUUGUUAUCCACCCGUCCAAAGUGCUGGAGCUCCAGAUGAAAAAGCGAGGUUUUAAGAUGGAGGUUGGCCAGUACAUUUUUGUCCAGUGCUCAAAGAUUUCAAGUCUGGAGUGGCAUCCUUUCACACUGACCUCGUCCCCAGAGGAAGACCACUUCAGCAUCCAUGUGAGACGAGUGGGAGACUGGUCUGACAGUCUGUUCAAAGUGUGCGGUGGAGAUCAAAAGGAAUUCCGAGAGGCAUGGAAACUUCCCAGUAUUGCAGUUGAUGGGCCUUUUGGCACUGCCAGUGAAGAUGUCCUUCUGUACGAAACUGCUGUCCUAGUUGGAGCGGGGAUUGGAGUAACUCCCUUUGCAUCCGUUCUCAAAUCUGUCUGGUACAAAUACACCCACUCUGACCCGAAUCUGAAACUGAAGAAGAUCUAUUUCUACUGGCUCUGCCGAGAAACAAGUGCUUUUGAGUGGUUUGCUGACCUCCUUCAAUCCCUCGAGUCUCAAAUGCUUGAAAGAGGCAAUUCCAACUUCUUGAGCUACAACAUUUAUCUCACUGGAUGGGAUGAGAACCAGGCAACUCACUUUGCCAUGCACCAUGAAGCACAGACUGAUGUCAUCACCGGACUCAAGCAAAAGACCUUGUAUGGGAGACCAAACUGGGACGUUGAAUUCGGAAACAUUGCAAGCAACCAUCCAAGCACCAACGUGGGAGUCUUCCUCUGUGGGCCAGCAUCUCUAGCUAAAGUCCUAAAUAGGAUGAGCAGUGCCCAUUCAUCUGGUGAUCCCAGAGGAGUUCACUUUAUCUUUAAUAAGGAAAACUUUUAGUUCUGGCACCAAUAUUUUUCUACUGAGUCCAGAGCAGGUUUCAACUUUUAACAAUGGGCCUCACCAAAUGGCAAGACCCAACAGUUAUAUUAACACAUUGUUCUUAAAAUAGCUUGUCUUUUGUUUGUUUUAGGCUUGGGUUUACUGUAUAUCCCAAACUAAGGGCUUUUGCAUCAUAGUUCCAGAAUCCUCAUUAUCUCUAUGUAAUAUACUUGAAAAUAAUCACAACUUGAGAUGCUUGCCUGCACAUUACUGUGCACCUAAACCUAGACUCAUUGUCCAGUGAAAUAAUGUAUCAAGGUAUGGAAUUCAAUCUGUUUACGGUUUGAAGUGCGCUACAUGUUUAUUUGGGCUGUCAUUGUCUGUAGAAAUUUAUGGAUCUCUAGAUAAAUUCAAGGGGUGGCACGGAGGCACAGCGGUAGAGUUGCUGCCUUACAGCGCUGGAGACCCGGGUUCAAUCCCGAUUACGGGUGCUGUCUGUACGGAGUUUGUAUGUUCUCCCUCUGACCGUGUGGGUUUUCUCCGAGAUCUUCGGUUUCCUCCCACACUCCAAAGACAUACAAGUUUGUAGGUUAAUUGGCUUGGAAUAAGUGUAAAUUGUCCCUACUGGGUGUAGGUGUGUGUUAAUGGUAGGGGGGUCGCUGGUCGGUGCGGAUCCGGUGGGCCGAAGGGCCUGUUUCCGUGCUGCAUCGCUAAACUAAACUAAAUCCAAAUAUGAAUCCCAAUUUAAGUAUAAAUGCAAAUUGCUCCAUAUGGGAUAAAAUACAGAUCAAACAUUAUUUUCUAAUGCACCAGUUGCACAUUAUUCAUGUCCGAUCAGUCAAGAGGACAGAAUGGAAAUUACAUAAAAAUUCAUCAUAUCAUGUAUAACAAUCCCAUUUCCAAGAUGGCAUCAACUAUUUUCAAAUAACACUGCCUAGACCCCAUGCACUACAAAUUUCUGUGAUUACCCCUUGCAUUUGGAAAUAUUGCACAAAGUCUUCAGAGUAUUGAUUAAUUUUAAAGACAGACACAAAGAGCUGGAGUUACUCAGUGGGUCAGGCAGCAUCUCUGGAGAAAAGGAUGGGAUUAAAGAAGGGUCCUGGCCCGAAACGUCCAGUCUGAAAAAAGGGACCCGUUCCGAAACGUAGAUGCCAUCUGUUCAUCUGAUAUUUGUUUGUAUAAAUCUGCCCUCUCAUUUCUAAGGCCAUAUCUAAGAAGGGGGUCAUCUAAGGUGAUGGAGCUCUACAUAAAGUCCACUUUGUAUCAUAUCAGACAAAGUCAGGAAUCAAGAUCUUUGAAGACAUAUUUAAACCCCACAGGUCAAUAGAAAAGUAUCCAAAGUUUGGGACAUUUGGACAAAUUGCUGCAUUUGUAUUAAUAAGCCACAAGGUUUCGGCUAAUAUGCUGUAAAUCACAACUUGAUUGAACUAAUUGUAUUAUUAUCCACAUACUGUGUAAAUAUUGUUUAAUCCCUUCGGAAACAAGAUUUCAGUUUUUAGAAAUAUGCAACAAUUUUCUUUAAUAGAACAAAUUUUUUCACUAUCUGCUCUUAAUGAUUAGAGAUUGCAUGUUGAAAUAAAGUUCUUCCGCAAUA